AUGAUUGACAACAGUCGACAUUGGCAUAAAAAGCUACCCUUCACAUUACUGGGGUACCACGCUAUAAUCAGCACAUCCACAGACACCUUGCCCUACUUUUUGGUUAAUGGAAAUGAAGUAAUGAUACCUGCAAAAGUAGAAAUACUAUCUCUAAGGACCAUUCAAGAAGCAAAAUUGAACAACGCUGAAUGGAUACAAAGAAUAUUCAAGCAACUAGCGCUCAUUAACGGAAGGAGAAUAAAUGUUGUUUAUCAUGGCCAACUCUAUCAAAACAGAAUGGCCAAGGCUUUCAACAAAGAGGUUAGGCCAAGACACUUCAAACCUGGACAGCUGGUUCUGAAGGGUAUCUUUCCACAUCAAGAUGAUGCAAAGAGCAAAUUCUCGUCCAACUGGCAAGGCACUUACGUGGUUCAUUGA